UCUUUCUGACGGUAAACACAGUCAACAGAUAAGGGUGGCUUUAGCGGUUCCACUUCAGGUUCGUUCGACAAUACAUGCUGAGGAACUCAACAUUUAUCGAUCAUGGCCUCCAAUUUUGUACCCCAGGCUUCGUUCAUGGUUCGUGGAACUCCGGCACGGUGCUCGGCGAAGAAUCUGGCCUUUUCUACGGCAGUUUCGCGGCGCAACUCUGUGGUUGGUUUGGUUUCCAGGAUUUCAACGAGAUCCGACGGCUUGUGUUUUUCGGGAAGGGAAAGGGGUAAGAAGUGCUCGUUCGUCGUGAAUGCGGAGGCGAAGGCUGAAGUGGAAGUGGAAGUGGAAGCUGAAGUGGUAGAUAUCAGCGAAAAUGUGGAGAGCGUUGAAACGGAAGAGACACAGGCUGAUGACAAGCCACCUAGACAACCUAGAGUUAAACUUGGAGAUAUUAUGGGGAUACUGAAUAAAAGAGCAAUUGAAGCAUCAGAUCAGGAAAGGCCCAUUCCAGAUCUUCGUGUCGGUGAUAUUGUGGAAAUAAAACUGGAAGUCCCAGAGAACAGGAAAAGGGUGUCUAUAUAUAAAGGUAUAAUUAUUUCAAAGCAAAAUGCUGGCAUCCACACCACAAUUCGGAUUCGGCGGAUCAUUGCUGGUGUAGGAGUUGAGACAGUGUUUCCCAUAUAUUCACCGAACAUUAAGGAGAUAAAAGUAGUCAACCACCGGAAAGUCCGGAGGGCCAAGCUGUACUAUCUGCGCGACAAGCUUCCGAGGCUCUCCACUUUCAAAUGAAAGAGCCAAACAAACAAACACUCACUGUACAGUGUGCUAUUAUGUAUCCGGGCAUCUUCCAUAUCCCAUGAGUAUAAACUUUUGUUUUGUUCGUCUUACAUCUUCAGAAAUUCCAUGUUUCCUAAUCACUUGUAACUCUCCUCUUCCCAUUAUUUAAUUUUUGCCGUCAUUCUGGAAUAUUUAUCCUCUGAUAUUCAAUCUUCAUUUAUUUUCUA